AGGAGAUGCUGUGAAGGAGUGCCGACGCCAUCCGGACACGCUUUUGUUUGUGGAUGAACACUCCAAACCGUUUCGGAAAUGUGGACAGAAAUUGGGAAAUUAUUAUUUUUUCAUUUUCUAUUGUCGGAAUUAUACUCAACGAAAGGUGCUGAAACUGGCAUUGAAACGGAGUGCGAGGAUGGACAGUUUCAGUGCAACAAUAAGAGAUGUAUUCCCACCAUAUGGAGAUGUGAUGAUGAUGAUGACUGCUCGGACAACAGCGACGAGGAGAACUGCCUGAAGAAGACAUGUGCGCCCUCAGAGUUUGCGUGUGCGAACGGUCAGUGUGUUCCUGGCCGCUGGCGGUGUGAUGGAGAACCAGAGUGUCCGGACGGAUCGGAUGAGGCAGAUGCCACCUGCACAGUCAAACAGACAUGUCCCCCAGAGAAGUUUGACUGUGGUGGGAAGUGUGUGUCGCUGUCCUGGCGUUGUGAUGGUGAGAGAGACUGUGAAAAUGGUGCAGAUGAAGAGGACUGCGCAGCGGAUGCCAGGUCCUGCUCGACAGGAGAGUUCCAGUGUCGCAACCGUAAAUGUUUAGCACCAGUGUAUGUGUGCGAUGGUGACGAUGACUGUGGAGACAGCAGUGAUGAAGAGAAGUGCAAUCCACCCACCUGUGGACCGCACGAGUUUCACUGUAACAGUUCAGAGUGUGUGCCGCAGCCCUGGACCUGUGACGGUGACCCCGACUGCUCUGACGGCUCUGAUGAGUGGGCGGGGCGAUGUGGGGGCGGGUCUGGUUGGCCAGCGCCGCCCCCUGUCCGCAGGCUACAGUGCAGUGCUGGAGAAUUCCGCUGUGGCAGUGGAGAGUGUGUGAAGCUGGCCUGGAGGUGUGACAGAGAUCCUGACUGCAAGGACAAAUCAGAUGAGGCCGACUGCCCUCUACUCACAUGCCGACCUGAUGAGUUCCAGUGCGGUGACGGAUCCUGCAUCCACGGCAUAAAACAGUGCAACAAAAUACAUGAUUGCCUUGACAAAAGCGACGAGGCCGGCUGUGUCAAUGCCACAAAGUGUGAAGGCCCUCUGAAGUUCCUUUGUAGGAAUGGGGAAUGCAUUGAUGGAAGCAAGGUGUGUGACAAUGUGAAGGACUGCAAGGAUCGAUCGGACGAACCCAAGAAGGAAUGCAGUUUGAAUGAAUGUUUGCUCAACAAUGGUGGCUGCUCUCAUAUCUGUGUGGAUCGGCCCAUUGGAUACGAGUGCCGAUGUCCUGCCGGAUACAAGCUGUUGGACAAGAGGACGUGUGGAGACAUUGAUGAGUGUGAGAACCCUGAUGCUUGCAGUCAGAUUUGCAUCAACCUUAAAGGGGAUUUCAAGUGUGAGUGCCACCCAGGUUAUGAGACGGACCCUGUGAGCAAGACUUGCAAAGCAGAGGGAAAAAGCCCUUACCUAAUGUUCACAAACAGGCAUGAGAUCAGGCGCAUUGACCUGGUAAAGAGGGACUACACACAGGUGGUUCCUACUCAGAAGAACGCUGUUGCCAUUGAUAUAGACGUGGCCGCCAAUCUCAUGUUCUGGUGUGACCGUUUUCAACGCAAAAUAUACAGUGCGUACAUCCACGAGGCGAGUGACCCAUCUCGACAUUUUACUCUGAUUGACUCUGAUCUGCAUUCUCCUGAGGGUCUGGCUCUGGACUGGGUCCAGCACAACCUCUACUGGACUGACUCGGGUGACAGAACCAUCUCUGUGGCAUCUUCAGAUGGCAACAAGAGACGCGUGCUGAUCAGUACUGAACUGAGUGAACCGCGUGCAAUCGCUGUCGAUCCAGAGCGAGGGUUCAUGUACUGGUCUGACUGGGGCCUUCGGGCCAAGAUUGAGAAGGCUGGCAUGAACGGUGUGGAUCGGCAGGUGUUGGUGUCUGAAGACAUUGAGUGGCCUAAUGGAAUCACUCUAGAUGUGGUUGGCAAGCGCUUGUACUGGGUGGACGCCAAACUGCACCUGAUAUCCAGCGUCGAUUUAAACGGGGCCCACCGCAGAGUCAUCCUGUCCUCCAUCGAGACUCUCGGCCAUCCUUACGCCCUCGCUGUGUUCGAGGAUCGAGUGUACUGGACGGACCGCGAGAAUGAAGCCAUCUACAGCGCAAACAGACUCACGGGUCAAGAUGUAACCAGCCUCGCAGAACACCUUAAUGACCCUCAUGACAUUGUGGUUUACCACGAGCUAAGCCAACCUGAAGCACCUGACAGCUGUAACCUGGGCGGCGUGACUAAUGGAGGCUGUGUCUUUCUGUGUCUACGAGCCCCUCAGAUCAGCGAGCACUCACCCAAAUACACCUGCUCCUGUCCAGACGGAGAGGAGCUGAGUCCUGAAACACGCCAAUGUGAACCCGUCCAAAAUGAGACUGCCAUAACGCCCACUGCCCCCAUCAACAUCACCAUGGAAACAGUAACAGGGGCUGGUCGGGUACCGGAGUUUGCUGCGGCAGUGACUUCCCAGUCUGAUAGUGUAGCUGAGACCAGUACCUCAUUGCUCCUCACUUACAGCACAAAGGAACCACCUGCGGACUUCUCAAAUGUUACAGCAGAGCAUAUCCCAACCCAGUCAUCAAGAACCACACCAGGAGACAUGAGCAACCUGUCCCAUCAGUCUGGCAAUGAGUUGUUUCUCCUUGGCCGCAAUCUGACAGUGGCAGUGCUUGGCGUUGUGAUUCCUGUAGAUGGUGUGUUCACUGUCAUCCAGCACAGACACGAUUCCUCAGUGAACUUUGACCAGUCCUGGGAGAAGUAUGAGGAUGGAUUUGGAGACUUCAGUAAUGUGAAUGUGUGAUUAUAGUGUUGCUGUUGACAAGUCUUUCAUAUCAACCCUUUUCUUAGAAAUUCUGCUGUGAAUGCCAUAAAAUGUUGCAUUCCCAGUUGACACAAUCUUGGCCGUACAGAAUUGAUAUAGUGAAUAUAAACUAUGAAUAUACAUGUAUUCCGCUUUCAAUAAGGCAUAUGUGUCUGUGGCUGUUUUCAGUUUUUUUUAAUUAUUUUUUAAUAAAUAUUGUUUAGUUCAUUUGAUUUCAGCAAUUUUGUGUAGCUCUAUCUCAUGGAUUCUGGAUUUCUCAGAUUUUAUUAUUAUUAUAAUACAUUUUAUUUAUAGGCA